AUGGGGAGAGCGCCGUGCUGCGAGAAGGUGGGGUUGAAGCAGGGGAGGUGGACUAAGGAGGAGGACGAGAUCCUGGCGAGGUACAUCAAAGAACAUGGCGAAGGCUCAUGGAGAUCACUGCCCAAGAAUGCUGGGUUGCUGCGGUGCGGGAAGAGCUGCAGGCUGCGAUGGAUCAACUACCUGAGGGCGGAUCUCAAGAGGGGGAACAUCACGGAGGAGGAGGAGGAGAUGAUCAUCAAGCUCCACGCCACGCUUGGCAACAGGUGGUCCCUGAUCGCCGGUCAUUUGCCCGGCCGAACAGACAACGAGAUCAAAAACUACUGGAACUCGCACCUGAGCAGGCGGGCUGCCGACUUCCGCGACGGCAUCGUCGUCAACAUCGACCUCAGCAGGCUGCCCGGCGGCGGCAAGCGGCGCGGCGGCCGGGCCAGCCGAGGCAUCCUGGCCGCCGCAGCCAAGGAGAAGAAGGGCAAGAAGGGGAAGGACGACAAGGGCAAGAACAAUGUCGCAGAAGCGGAGCAGCAGCAGCAGCUCAAGGACAGGGAGGAGGAGGAGGACGCCAACGUCUCAACUACGCCGAGGCCUCAGCCUGACUGCGCCACCGCCGCCCAGAGCGAGGAGCAAGCGCAGGCCAGCGCUAGCGGCCUGACCUCCGAUGGGCCCGAGGAGGACCUGCUGGCUCUGAGCGAGGAGAUGGUGAGUGCGCUACUGGCGGCCCCGGGAAGCCCAAAGCUGGAGGUGGGCCCGGAUGGCUCGUGCAUGGACAGUGACAGUGGCCCGUCCGGGGACAGUGGCUGUGGGUCCGGUGGGCCUUCUGGCGACGUGGCCCAUGAGCUGGACCUGGGCCUGGACGACAAGGCCAUCAUGGACUGGGACUUGAUGGGGCUGGACAUCUCGGCCGCCGACGACAUGUGGGACCCGCUGUUGUGGGACUACGACGACGAAACGUUGGUCCCGGAACCGGCAGGAGGAGGGGAGGGGCACCAGCAGCAGGACGAGGUGAUGUCAGACCUCUUCUUCCUGGACAAUCUCUAG